AUGCGUUCUAGCCUACCGGAAGCAGCGCAAAGAAGCAGCAACGCAUCGCGCAGGCUGGCCCUCCACUCGGAUUGUCCCGUGUCUUUCCCUCCCAUCCAAUCUCCGUCUGGAUCGUCGCAGAGUCAGACGAGGGGCGAGAAGGCACCAGGGAGGGCUUCAAGCUGCAGGGAAGAGCUCGAACCUGUCUCGGGCACCCUUCACCUGGGCUUCCAGCUAUGCUUGGCGAGGCUUUCAGUCGUGGUGCUGUCCAGCGCCCGCAAAGGGUCAGCAGUCGCAUUUGCGGAUCAAGUAGUAUUCGACGAAGACCUGAGCCAUUACAGAACGAAAGACGGAUGCUACGUCUGGAGACCUUCGGAAUAUCAAGCGGAACAUCCCGGUCCGACAACAGCGGCGGCACAAGGAGUGACGAGCGUGACACCGGUCGCCAUGAUCGUCGACGCUCUAGACAAUCUACUGGAUCGCGUGGCAAAGAAAGUCUCUAUGGACCAGAUACAGUCCAUUGGUGUCUGUGCGGAGAGCGACUGGCCAGUCUUUCUGAGUCGAAGAGCGGAGAAGAUGCUCCACGAUCUGCGUCCAACAGUCGGUCUGCAUGCUCAAUUGACCGUGCCAGAAUUCUUCAGCGUGCCAUUCAUAUCCAACAUGAAUGAUUCGUCGACGCUGGACGAGAUGCGAAUGAUAGAGACGGCUUUGGAGGCGAGGAUGAAGGGGGUCAUGAUGAACGGCUCAACCCUUAUCAGUGCUCCAUCGGCCAUGCCCUCUUCCGAGUUCGGUGUCCACAGCAACUUGUUUGGCACAGAGGUGGCAAAGGCCAUGAAUCGCAAGAGGUUCCAAGCAAUUCGUCAAGCAGCCGCACAGAAGAAUGGAGCAGCACCAAGCUUUUCAGGAUGGGCUUGUCAGCUUGCCAAGUUGAGGAACGGAAAGGGAGUCGGAAUGGAAGGUAGAUCCGCUGCCAUUUUGGACAUCAAGAAAGUCUGGCAUAAUGCCGGACGCAUCAUCACUGCAGGCUCACUGAUCUGUGCUGUUUUGACCAGCAAGAUGCCUAGCUUCAACCACACCGAGGCGGCUAUGACGGGGCUCUAUGACCCAGAAGCUCGCGAGUGGGAUCAGCAGAUGCUGGACAUUUGCAGCAGCGGUGAAGGACAAGUGUUGAGACAGAAGUUGGGAGACAUUGCAGACCUCGACACAUGCGCCACGUCGGCGGGUAGUUGGCUGUGCCAAAAGCACGGCGUUCAGCAGUCUUGCGUCAUUGGUCCUUCGCUGCCAUCCUCGGUGGUGGCAUACAUGGGAAUGCUUCCGGGUCCGAGCGACGGAGGUAUUUCUCUUUCUGUCCACGACACCAUGAUCAUCCCUUUGCGCUCCAAAGUCAAGGCUCCUGGUCACUCUCUGCUUCCGAAUCCUCUUCACGAGCUUUCGAGCCAGUCGACAGGUGUUGUCGACGACACUCGUGUUCAGCCAUGGCUGGCCUUAGCCCGAUGGCAAGACGCUGGGCUGGCCCGCAAGAUUGUCAAAGAUGUAUACUGCUCCGGUUUAUGGUCAGCCUUUGGCAAGCUUGUCAACGCUGUUGGUGUGGGUGGCUCGCACGCCCUCGACAACAAGCUCUUCACGAUUGUGUUGCUGGAAGGCGAGACGCGAGGCAUCCGACGGUACGAGCACGGCAUGCGCGUUAUGGAGUUUGGCAACGACUUGAGAGCGAACGCGCGAUGUAUGAUCGAAGGUCAAGCAUUGGCCAUGAGGAGUGCUGCAUCGCGUAUCGUUUUUGCCGAUCUCGAACAAAUUCAAGACGUUGACAAGUCGGUGCAUGAGAGUCGGCAAGCGCGCCUUCGCGACCGGGCUACAAGUCAAAACUUCAAAGGUGUUGGAGGUGUUUUGGGUUACAAUCCUUUUCAUGGUGAGCCGUUGCCAUCGAAAUGGCUGGCUUGGGGCAAGCCGUCCGGCAACGCUUGCUUUGCUGGUGUCUUUACGUCAGUCCUAGGUGCGCCGUUGGUCACUCACACCGACGACGUUCACGAUGCUUCAGUAGAAGAAAGGGCUGCCACUCCUUCCCCUAGUAGCCCGCCAGCCGUUCAAAGUCAUUUGCCCAAAGCGGGUAGCGCUCCGGCGCGGAUGACAAGAGCUUGUGUUGGGGCUGCUUAUCUGGGCAAGGUCAUGCUGACACGUCAGUCGCAAAAAAGCUCUGGCCUCGAUCCUGAAAGUUUCGAAACUAUCGUCCGCAAAUCUCUCUCUGGGCCGUCCGUCUCUGCAGAUGAGGCGUUGCAUCCGACCCCUAUCGAGCAAGUCAACAGCACUGGCUUCACAGCCGCAACGAUGCCAAUCAUCGUGCUACAGCCGCCGCCUCCGGGUCCUCACAUCCGCGAUAGACCGAAGACGCGUCGACGCUCCGCAACGGCCAGCGGUGCCGAGAUCAAGACAUUUGCCUCUCUCGAUCCUCCACUCCCAACCCUCCACAGUCUGCAUGAAGCAGGACCACUCGACCAGCAAGAAAGCCUCGAAUGCGUCGAAGAGGCCCUAGCAGCGUUGGAAGAAGGAGCCAAACUUUUGACGGGUGACUGCGACUCGAGCCGAAUUCUCCAACGUCCGAGAUCUGGCACGAUAGCUGGCCUUGUCGAGCCAUCGAGUAGAAGGUUUAGUACACAAGCGGAGGACUUCCCUUCUAGCCCCCGCACCUAUUCCGAUCCUCUGAACUCCUCUCAACACUCCCGAGCUGAAAGCUUCUCGAGCGACCUGAGCGUGCCGAGCUCGAUGAGCUCUGCGACCACACUUCCGCGGCUCGCGGCUGAGGAGGACCAAUCGGAACACAUGUUGAUCGAUGCCCCCGACGGCGGACAGCUGACUCCUACUGCUGCCGGCUACUUUACGAAGGAGCAAGAAGAGAAGAUUGACGAGCUAAAAGAGCUGGCUGACGAGCAGACUCGCGGCUUGGUCCGUCUGGCAGCUGUCGACGAAGAUCUUUUUUACGUGUAUGCUGCACUUCUCGAGGAACGUGAUCGGCUCGCUUCGUAUCUCCUUUGACGCAUAUCAACGCGGACACGGGCACCGCCAUAUCCAGACCUCUUCUUAGGUCUGCAUGACCU